CGUUGUCGCCGGUUCACAUUGCUGCUCGAGGGAUCCAGUACAAGUGCCGCUAUCGAAGCGUAAACAUCUCAUGUCUCUUUAAAAAUUAAGUGACGUAAAUCAUCUGCAAAAAUUUUUUUCCAAAAAAAUUUUUUUGUGCCCGAAGAAUAAAAAAAAAGUUUUGACAAAAAUUAUAAAAUUUGCCAGUGUAACAUUUAGAGUAAAAAACCAUGGCUUGUAAUAGAGCUACAAAAUCAGGAUUUGCUGCUGAGGCGCAAAGAAAAAUUAAUAGCAAAUACAGUGAGGAAUUAGCUCAGGAAUGUUUAGAAUGGAUAAAAACUAUUACGGGCGAAAAUAUCAGUACAAAUGGAGAUAUGGAUAAUUUUUACGAAAUUUUAAAGGAUGGCGUUCUACUUUGCAGGCUUGUCAACCAAAUCAAGCCCGAUUCUGUUAAAAAAAUUAAUCAAACGACCAUGUCUUUCAAAUGCAUGGAGAAUAUUAAUGCAUUCUUAGAAACGGCCAGAGCUCUUGGUGUUCCGGCUCAAGAAACGUUUCAAACCGUCGAUCUUUGGGAAAGACAAAAUUUGAAUUCCGUUGUAAUUUGCUUACAAUCUCUCGGCCGAAAGGCUGGAAAUUUCGGUAAGCCAAGUAUUGGACCAAAAGAAGCUGACAAGAAUGUACGCACAUUUUCUGAAGAACAAUUGAGAGCAGGCCAAGGUGUAAUUAGCUUGCAAUACGGUAGUAAUAAGGGCGCAAAUCAAAGUGGGAUUAAUUUUGGAAAUACUCGACACAUGUAAAAUGAUCAUAUUUUUUUCCCCCUCCUAACACUAUAAGUUAUACUUAAACACUUUACAGUCCUAUUUUCAAAAUUAUAUCUCGCAAUCAAAGAUUUAUUAUUACAGUAUAAAUAUUAUACUGUUAAAUAAUUUCAUAUAGACAAUAUAACAACGAAAUUGAGGGACCACGAUAUUUUUUCUUUUUUUGCAAAUAUUUCCAUGAAAUCUCAUUAAAUAUUUAAGAGAAUAUUUAAAAUAAUUCCUCUACCAAGUUAUAUUUGUUAAAAAGAAAAAAUAUAUCACAAAAUCAAGAUUGUUUUUCACCAAAAAGAUAAUAUUAUCAAUAUUAUCUAAGCUGAUUAUUUUACAAAGCUUCGCUUUUUUUCGAAAAAAAAGAAUUCUAUUCAAGAUAUUUGCAAUAAAUAAAAAAAAUCCUCUUAAUUUCGUAACGGUUGCUAACAAAUAAUAAUGUCAAUGUAAAUGGCCUAAAACUGACGGUCUCAAAACGUUACAAAUAUAUAUCUAUAUAGUUAUAUAAUUCUAGUAAAAUAUAGAAAGAUUACUAAGACUCAAAAAACAUCUUCAAUAUUUCACUCGAACCUUCAAAAAAACAUGAUUAUUCGACCAAUUUAAAUAAUUUUAUUUAAGAAUUUAGUGAAUAAUUUUGUAAUUCUUAUUUUGAUUAUUAUUGUACGACAAGACUGUGUCAUUAUACAAAAAAAAAAGAUAUACGUUUAUAUAUAUUUUGUCAGGAGCCAUUUAAUUACGAAAACAAUGUGAAAUCAAAUAUAGCGUUUAUAUUCAUACAAGUAUAAUGUAUGAAAUAUUCAGAUAUAGAUAUUUUAUUACUGUUAUUAUACGAUAAUUCUAUAUUUGAUAAUGUGUAACAGAAUUGAUUGAGAAAAAAAAACUGUCGUUACACGAAAAGUAAUAAUUUAUGUUAUUAUAUAUUGAAAAAGUUUUGAAAAUUUAGAAGAAAAAAGAAAUUAUUUUGUACAAAACAUAUUUUGAUGAUUAAAAUAUUGUAUAGGGUCUUCAUUAGUCAUUGGAGAUACCAAUGAAGAGAAAAACACAAAAAAAGUGUCAACUAAUAAAGAAAAUUUAUCUAAAGAAA